AUGUCCAAGUCCAAUGAAACUGAGAAUUAUGAGAGAGAGAAUAAAGGCGACGGAGAUGGCGACGGCGGCACCCAAAUUGGUAUAGGUCUGUGGCGUUAUUUCAAGAAAAGUGACAAAGGUGGCAAAUGUCUUAUGUGUUCAGAUGAACUAAAAAUUAGUCAACGUUCUACCAAAGGCUUAAAAAUACAUUUAAAGACUAAACACAAUAUCGAUAUUAAUUCUCGAAACGAUGAGACUGGAGAAACAUCCUUACCAGUUGUACCAAAGAAGAAACCCAAAACUUUGGACAGUUUUGUUAUCAAAGAUAACUCCAUGAACAAAACGAUCUCUAGAAUGGUAUGUAAAGACGGAUUCACCUUAAGUUCCUUUUGCACAUCUUCAGAUUUAAGACAUUUAUUUUCUAAAAGCGGACACAAAUUACCUAACUCGCCAAAUACGAUAAGAUCUAUCGUAACAAACUUUAGCAACACAGUCAAAGCUGACAUGAUUAUAGAAUUUGAACGUCUCAAGAAAGGAAAACAUAGAUUUUCACUCACAUUUGACGAAUGGACGUCACAAAAAAAUCAUCGAUACUUAAAUAUCAACGUUCACCAGAAAGAAAAUCAUUUUAAUCUGGGUUUGGUACGUAUACAAGGCUCGGCUACCGCAGAACAUUGCAUUAGCUUAGUAAAAGAACGCCUAGCGAGUUUUGGUCUAGACUUAGACACAGAUAUUAUUGCAUGCACAACGGACGGCGCUAGUGUGAUGGUGAAAGUUGGCAAGCUUUUGCGAUGUUCCCAGCAGCUUUGUUUUGCACACGCCUUGCAGCUAGUGGUAGUUGAUACACUGUAUAAGAAAAGCAAUUCACCAAUACCAGAAUGCCUAGCAGCCUCAAUUGCGACGGAAACUGAUAUUUCUGAUAAUGAUGACGACGAUGAUAUGGACGCGAAUGAACAGGGCGUAACUGUAAAUAUAAAUUCACCAUUAACACCACUUGAAAUGACUUCUACAUACGACAGUUUAUUGAAGAAAGUGCGAAAAGUGGUCAAGAUAUUUAAACGAUCACCAACUAAAAAUGACCUCUUUUUACAAAAAUAUGUAAAAGAACAAGAAGGCCCUAAAAAAGAAUUGGCAUUGAUAUUAGACUGCCGGACUCGCUGGAAUAGUCUUUUAAAUAUGUUAGAACGAUUCUAUAACUUAAAGAAUUGUAUCGAUAAGGCAUUAAUAGAUAUUGAAUCUGAAAUUAAAUUCAGCGAUAACGAGUGGUUCAAAAUCAAUGAUCUCAUUGCCAGCUUGCAGCCUUUUAAAUUGGGAGUUGAGGCACUGUGUAGACGAGAAUCAACGCUUAUAACUGCGGACACAACAUUUCAAUUUAUUUUGGAUAAAUUGCAACAAAAAAAUACGGUGUUGAGUAACCAGUUAACUCAGAGUCUACAUGAACGUAUUAAAGAACGCCGCACUAACUUGACAGGAAUUUUAAUUUAUUUACAAAAUCCGAAAAAGUACGACCAAGAAGCUAAAAAUACAGAUCGUAAUCAAACAUUCUUCAUGCCAAAAAAAGCUGCAAUACGCCAAGAAAUAAUCAAAAUAAUAGAGAGAGUCAGUACUGUUGAAGACGAUGAAAUGUAUGCAGGUGACGUCUUCGAAAAUACAUCUGUAGCUGGUACAUCCGUUACUGUAACUGACACGGCUUCUACACUUACGCUAAAAGAAGAAUUAGAAAAACAACUCCAACAAGAAAAAGAAAUAUUUAAGAAAAUACCAGACAAUAAGCAAAAGGAUUAUGAAAAAAAUUUGAAGAAAGAAAUGGCAUGUUUCGAGUCCGAUGGUAUCAGAGGAGAGUACCUGACGCUCGCCUAUGAAUAUAUCAUGACUGUUCAGCCCACUAGCGUUGAAGCCGAGAGAGCGUUUUCGGCAUCAGGAUAUAUUUGUAGUUCACUUAGAAGCAGGCUUGGAGAUAGUACUAUAAAUGACAUUUGCUUUUUAAGAGCGUAUUUUCAAAAGUCACAGUCGUAA